GCAGUGGUGGGCGCCGCGCCGCAGGAUGGGCUGGUGCGGCUGCAGCUCCGGGCCGCCGCCGUCGCGGCUGCCGCUGCUGCUGCUGGUGGCGGUGGCCGGCGCCGGCGCCGCCCCGCGCUCCGCGCUCUACUCGUCCUCUGACCCGCUGACGCUGCUGCAGGCGGACACCGUGCGCGGCGCCGUGCUGGGCUCCCGCAGCGCCUGGGCCGUGGAGUUCUUCGCCUCCUGGUGCGGCCACUGCAUCGCCUUCGCCCCGACGUGGAAGGCGCUGGCCAACGACGUCAAAGACUGGAGACCCGCCCUGAAUCUCGCUGCCCUGAACUGUGCUGAUGAGACCAAUAGUGCAGUCUGCAGAGACUUCAACAUCCCCGGCUUCCCGACCGUGAGGUUCUUUAAGGCCUUUUCCAAGAAUGGCUCAGGAUCAGCAUUGCCAGUGGCUGGUGCUGAUGUGGAGACGCUGCGGAAGAGGCUCAUUGACGCCUUGGAGUCCCAUAGUGACACGUGGCCCCCCGCCUGCCCCCCGCUGGAGCCUGCCAGGCUGGAGGAGAUUGAUGGAUUCUUUGCGAGAAACGACAAAGAUUACCUGGCCCUGAUCUUUGAAAAGGAAGGCUCCUACCUGGGUAGAGAGGUGACUCUGGACUUGUCCCAGCACCAAGGCAUAGCAGUGCGCAGGGUCCUGAACACGGAGGGUGAUGUGGUGAGCAAGUUCGGGGUCACUGACUUCCCAUCUUGCUACUUGCUGUUUCGGAAUGGCUCUGCCUCUCAGGUCCACGUGCUUGCGGAAUCCAGGUCCUUCUACACCACUUACCUGAAGAGGUUCUCCAGGGCCCCCCAGGAGCCUGUCCCCACCAAGGCUGUGCCAACCACUGCUCACACAAUAGCUCCCACUGUGUGGAAAGUCGCAGAUCGCUCCAAGAUCUACAUGGCUGACCUGGAAUCCGCGCUGCACUACAUCCUGCGGGUGGAAGUGGGCAAGUUCUCUGUGCUGGAGGGGCAGCGCCUGGUGGCCCUUAAAAAGUUCAUGGCCGUGCUGGCCCAGCACUUCCCCGGCCAGCCCUUAGUCCAGAACUUCCUGCAUUCCAUAAAUGACUGGCUGAAGAGGCAGCAGAGAAGGAAAAUUCCCUAUGGUUUCUUUAAAGCUGCCCUGGACAACAGGAAGGAGGGCACUGUGAUUGCCGAGAAGGUGAACUGGGUUGGCUGCCAGGGGAGUGAGCCACAUUUCCGGGGCUUUCCCUGUUCCCUGUGGAUCCUCUUCCAUUUCCUGACGGCGCAAGCAGCUCGGCACAGUUUCGACCACUCACAGGAGACAGAUAAGAAGAAAGCAACUGGGGUGUAUGAACAGUAUGAAGAAGGAGCUGGGAAGGGACAGCUUAGCCACCCUCUUCUGCUGGCUUACCCUCGCUCCAGUGGUCAGAUGGAUCUCCAGCCCUUUGCUCCCACCUAA